CUACGGUCUACCACGUACUUCCAGUUUCGUCCAAUCAGAUGAUAACACAAUAAUCCGCGAGCGAAGACGGACACGCUUCCUGUAAAGGUCUACCAGAAACACAAGCCGUUGCAGGUGGAGGAAGUGUUGUGGCCUCGCUGUGAACACGCGGAACACCGUCGCAUAAUGUCCUCGUCGCCUUUACUGCUUCUCAGCCUGUGUGUGGCCCUGGGGGCCGCGGUGGAGAUCCAACGUCCGAGAGGUGUUCCGCUGUCCAAACGGCAGUUCUACCAGGAGAACAAGCCUUUCACCUGCCUGGACGGAUCCCGCACCCUGCCCUUCGACCGCGUCAACGAUGACUACUGCGACUGUGCCGACGGCUCCGAUGAGCCGGGGACGGCUGCCUGCCCCAAUGGCAGCUUCCACUGCACUAAUGCUGGCUUUAGACCCAACUUCAUCCCCUCCUCUCGCAUCAACGAUGGCGUCUGUGACUGCUGUGACACCACUGAUGAGUAUAACAGUGGAGCUGUGUGCCAGAAUACCUGCAGGGAAAUGGGACGCAGAGAGAGGGAGACUCUACAGAAGAUGGCAGAGAUCACGAAGGAGGGCUUCCUCCUGAAACAGCAACUUAUUGAUGAGGCCAAGAAAGGCCAGCAGGAGAAGCAGAGUAAAGUGACAGAGCUGCAGGAGAGUAAGAAAACACUGGAAGAGAAGGUGGAAGCUCUGAGGACGGUGAAGGAGACCGCAGAGCAGCCAGAGAAAGAGGCUAAAGAGCGCCACCUGAAGGCCUGGGAAGAACAAAAAGCUGUCCUAAGUCUCGAGAAGGACAAGGCCAGAAUGGCUGAAGCUUUUCUGGAACUGGACGACAAUGCAGAUGGCUUUGUGUCUGUUGAGGAGUUACAGACUCAUCCUGAGCUGGACACAGACGGUGAUGGUACUCUGAGUGAAACUGAGACCCAGGGGUUGCUGGGAGGAGCUGACAAAGUGGACACGACAGGUUUCCAGACUGCAUGGAGCAGCUUGAAGGAUAAAUACCGCUCAGAAUCGCAGCCGGAGGCUCCGGCCCCAGUAGAGGAGACCCCUCACGAGGAGCCUCAGGACACCGGGUCUGACAGCGACAUUGACAGAUACCCUGAGGGAGACCUCCCAGAUGAAGAAGAUGACGACGACGACGACGACGACGAUGAGGAGGAUGACCACGAUGAUGAUGACGACAAGGCCGUGCCUCCUGUUCGGACAGAGGAAAAGGGAGCAGAAGAGGAAGGAGCCAUGCCGCCUUAUGAUGAAGAGACCCAGGUUCUCAUUUCAACUGCUCAGAAAGCUCGAGAUGAGUUUGAAGAGUCUGAGCGAUCUCUCCGUGAAAUGGAGGACCAGAUCAAGUCCCUGGAGAAGGAGAUCUCCUUUGACUUUGGGCCCAGUGCAGAGUUUGCUUAUCUCUACAACCAGUGCUACGAACUCACCACCAGCGAGUAUAUUUACAGGCUCUGUCCUUUCAACCGUGUCUCUCAGAAGCCCAAGUUUGGUGGUUCGGAGACUAACCUGGGAUCCUGGGGCUCAUGGGCAGGGCCUGAGGACAAUAAAUAUUUGGUUAUGAAAUAUGAACAUGGAAUGGGGUGCUGGCAGGGGCCCAACAGGUCCACCACGGUGAAACUCACCUGCGGUAAAGAAAGUAUUGUGGUCUCCACCUCUGAGCCCAGUCGCUGCGAGUACAUGAUGGAGUUCACCACACCUGCCGUCUGUCAGGAACCCCCCAGCCUGGACUCGCCGCCCCACGACGAGUUCUAGAGCCUCUCUAUAGCUCACUGCACUGGGACCACCCCCAGGGACCACCCCCCCUGGACCCCCACCCCACCUGCCCUUCAGUCCGCACCGGGCACAGUCCAAUGUCCCAACCAUCGUUACUGACGUCUGCACUGCAAGGGGCUCUCGCACAUUCCUCCCCCUGGAAACGGGGUGCUUUUCCUGUCAUCCACUCAUGUUGGCUCCCCUCCUAAAUAAAGUUUGGUGUUUUUCACCCUG